AUGGCAUCAUCUGAAAAGGAAGCGGACACUUCACCCCAGGCGCCUGUUCCCACCAUUACAGUCCAAGUUCCGGAUCCCAUUUCCGAUACUUUCGCGGCCAAUGAAAUAAAUAGAGACCUCCUAGAGAACCCCACCCGAAAUAGAUCGCUUAGUGAUCUAACGGCCACAAGCUGCGUCUACACCGGUCGAGAUCGAGCGAUGAGUGAAACUACAAUGGCACCAAGUAGUCCGAGGUUGAGUCUGCCGAAAGGUGAAACGGACCAGCUGUCUAGCCUUGCAUCCAGCAUUUUCUCAGCACAUGAGCAAGAAGAAGCUCUGCGACCAGACCCUGGCACUGAGGCAGACUUUAUGGUCGACAAUAAUCCCUUUCACUUUUCUCCCGGCCAACUUAACAAGCUUCUGAAUCCGAAGUCUUUACCUGCACUCUUAGCUCUAGGAGGGCUCCCGGGGCUGGUAAACGGUCUUCGUACGGAUCCCAAUGCAGGCCUCAGUGCAAAUGAAACUUCAGUACCGGACGGGUCCCAUUCGAAGGAACCCUUUGCGGACCGCAUCCGUGUCUUCAACCGAAAUGUCCUCCCAGAUAAGAAGGCAACACCCCUCUGGAAGCUCAUGUGGAUGGCCUACAACGACAAGGUGCUCAUUCUGCUUACCGCAGCUGCCGUUAUUUCCUUGGCCCUAGGCCUGUACGAGACUUUUGGUGUGGAGCAUCCCCUAGGUUCAGGAAUGCCCCUUGAUUGGGUUGAAGGUUGUGCAAUUUGUGUUGCUAUCAUCAUCGUCGUCAUGGUGGGAUCGUUGAACGACUACCAGAAGGAACGAGCGUUUGUCAGGUUGAACGCGAAAAAGGAAGACCGUGAAGUGACUGUGAUUCGAUCUGGAAAAGCUCUUAGAAUUUCCGUUCAUGACGUCCUCGUCGGUGAUAUUCUUCAUCUGGAGCCUGGGGACCUUGUUCCCGUUGAUGGCAUCUUUAUCGGAGGCCACAACGUGAAAUGCGACGAGUCAUCGGCCACUGGCGAAUCUGACCAGCUUAAAAAAACAGGAGCUGAACAAGUCAUGCGAUUGCUCGAGCAAGGACAUAGCAAGCAACAGGAUCUAGAUCCCUUCAUCAUCUCUGGAAGCAAGGUCCUUGAAGGUGUUGGUACAUGCGUGGUCACUUCAGUGGGCAUUAAUUCCAGCUACGGCAAGAUUCUCAUGGCCAUGCGUCAGGACAUGGAUCCCACACCCCUUCAAAAGAAGCUGGAUGGUUUAGCUGGAGCUAUUGCUAAAUUGGGAGGAAGUGCUGCGGUGCUUCUAUUCUUUGUCUUGUUGUUUCGCUUCCUGGGCAGCCUUCCGGGUAACCACCAAACCAGCACAGAGAAGGCGUCUCAAUUUACUGAUAUCCUCAUUGUUGCAAUUACUGUCAUUGUGGUGGCUGUCCCAGAGGGCCUUCCUCUUGCUGUUACUUUGGCACUCGCUUUUGCAACCACACGCAUGGUGAAGUUGAACAAUCUGGUCCGAGUGCUGAAGUCCUGCGAGACGAUGGGUAACGCUACCACGGUCUGCUCAGACAAAACAGGGACACUAACUCAGAACCGCAUGACUGUUGUUACCGGCACCUUUGGUUCUGAUGAAUUCGACGACAAGAACCAGAGCAGCAAUGGCCGACGCUCUGCAGCUUUUGCAAACGACAUGCUCCCGGAUCAUAAAAAAGAAAUUAUCGAGUCUAUAGCGAUCAACUCUACAGCGUUUGAGGGCGAGGAAAACGGCAUUCCUGGUUUUAUCGGCUCAAAAACAGAAACUGCCCUUCUUGGAUUCGCUCGUGAUGUCCUUGGAAUGGGGUCUUUGGCCGAAGAACGUGCCAAUGCCACCGUCAUACAGCUGAUGCCUUUUGAUUCAGGCCGUAAAUGUAUGGGUGCUGUGGUCCGAUUAUCCGAUGGUACGCAUCGAUUUCUUGUCAAGGGUGCGUCUGAAAUCCUCCUUGGGUACAGCUCCUCGCUCUGGAUGCCAUCAGGACAGGUUGCCCUUGGCUCCGAGGAACGCGAGCGACUGGAGGGAGUUAUCCUGAAUUACGCAAAACAGUCACUCCGCACUAUUGCACUGGUUUUUCGUGAUUUUGCAGAGUGGCCUCCUAGUUAUGCUGUCAACCCAGAAGAUCCUUCUAAGGCCGAUCUUGGUCUCCUGCUGAGCAACAUGACAUUUCUUGGUGUUGUUGGUAUCCAGGAUCCUAUUCGUCCUGGUGUUCCAGAGGCCGUAGCCAAAUGCCACCAUGCCGGUGUGACAGUUCGCAUGGUCACUGGGGAUAACAUGGUUACAGCCAAGGCUAUUGCAACUGAUUGUGGAAUCUACACAGGAGGGAUUGUGAUGGAAGGGCCUCGAUUCAGGUCUUUGAGUGACGAGGAAUUCAAGGAUGUCCUGCCUCGACUGCAGGUUCUUGCGCGUUCAUCACCCGAAGACAAGCGAAUACUCGUCACGAAGCUACGAGAUAUGGGUGAGAUUGUUGCAGUAACAGGAGAUGGCACUAAUGAUGGGCCGGCGCUCAAGGCCGCCAACAUUGGCUUCUCUAUGGGAAUUGCUGGUACUGAGGUGGCCAAGGAGGCGUCUGCGAUUGUGCUUAUGGACGAUAACUUUUCGUCUAUCCUAACUGCGUUGAUGUGGGGAAGGGCAGUCAACGAUGCCGUGCGCAAGUUCCUCCAGUUCCAGAUCACAGUCAACAUCACAGCUGUUCUUCUCACCUUCAUUUCAUCAGUUUCUGACCCCGAGAUGCGAUCGGUCCUGACCGCCGUACAGCUCCUAUGGAUUAACCUCAUCAUGGAUUCCCUGGCUGCACUUGCGCUUGCUACUGAUCCCCCAACUGAGGAAAUCCUGGAACGCAAACCCGUCAAGGGGGGUGCACCUCUGAUCUCUAUAACAAUGUGGAAGAUGAUUAUUGGCCAAUCGAUAUUCCAGUUAACAGUCACUCUGAUUCUUCACUUCGGUCCUCGCCAGAACUUCCUCGACUACCCGGAGGAGUACAGACGGUCCAUCGUGUUCAACACCUUCGUGUGGAUGCAAGUCUUCAAUGAAUUCAACAAUAGACGUCUGGACAAUCGAUUCAAUAUCUUCACUGGCUUACAUCGCAAUUGGUUUUUCAUUGGUAUCAACUGCAUCAUGGUUGGCUGCCAGAUUGUCAUUGCCUUUUACGGUGGCGCUGCAUUCAGCAUUGUCGCAAUCGAAGGGGAACAAUGGGCGAUCUGUAUCCUUGUUGCAGCAAUCUCGCUCCCUUGGGCCAUCUGUAUCCGCCUGUUCCCGGAUGCGUGGUUUGAAAGAAUUGCGAAAUUCGUCGGCAAACCUGUAGUUCUUGUCUACCGACCAUUGAAUCGAGGAGCACACCGACUAGGCCAGAAAAUUCGUGGCUGGAAGCUUAAAUCCGACCCAGCAGAGGAAGAAAAAUCGGACCGGUUUACUCCAGGCCAACCGGCCCAGGAUCCAGAGAAAGGCCUGUAA